GGUCUCCAGCGGCCAGCGCCCACACCAUGAGGGGCCCCGGGGGCCUGGGGCUCUGGUCCCGCUGGGGUCAGGUGGCCGUGCUCCUCCUGCUGCUGGGGGCGCCCCCGCAGGGCCUGGCGCUGCCACCCAUCCGCUACUCCCACGCUGGCAUCUGCCCCAACGACAUGAACCCCAACCUCUGGGUGGACGCCCAGAGCACCUGCAAACGGGAGUGUGAGACCGACCAGGAGUGUGAGACCCACGAGAAGUGCUGCCCCAACGUGUGCGGGACCCGGAGCUGCGUGGCGGCCCGCUACCUGGAUGUGAAGGGGCGGAAGGUCCCGGUGGGCAUGCCCACGGAGGCCACGUGCGACCAUUUCACGUGCCUGCAGCAGGGCUCCGAGUGCGACAUCUGGGACGGGCAGGCCGUGUGCAAGUGCAAGGAGCGCUGCGAGAAGGAGCCCAGCUUCACCUGCGCCUCUGACGGCCUCACCUACUACAACCGCUGCUACAUGGACGCCGAGGCCUGCUCCAAGGGCAUCACGCUGGCCGUGGUCACCUGCCGUUACCACUUCACCUGGCCCCACACCAGCCCCCCGCCGCCGGAGACCACCGUGCGCCCCACCACCACCUCCCCGGAGACGCCCGGGCUGGACCUGGCCGCUCCGGCCCUGCUCAAGCACCCGGCCCACCAGUCGGUGACCGUGGGCGAGACGGUGAGCUUCCUGUGCGACGUGGUGGGCCGGCCGCGGCCCGAGGUCACCUGGGAGAAGCAGCUGGAGGACCGGGAGAACGUGGUCCUGCGGCCCAACCACGUGCGGGGCAACGUGGUGGUCACCAACAUCGCCCAGCUGGUCAUCUACAACGCCCAGCCGCAGGACGCGGGCAUCUACACCUGCACGGCGCGCAACGCCGCCGGCGUCCUGCGCGCCGACUUCCCGCUGUCCGUGGUCAGGGCCGGGCAGGUCCCGGCCAGCGUGGAGAGCGGCCCCAAUGGCACGGCCUUCCCGGCGGCCGAGUGUCUGCAGCCGCCUGACGCCGAGGACUGCGGCGAGGAGCAGACCCGGUGGCACUUCGAUGCGCAGGCCAACAACUGCCUCACGUUCACUUCGGGCCGCUGCCUGCGGCACCGCAACCACUUCGACACCUACGAGGCCUGCGUGCAGGCCUGCAUGAGCGGCCCGCUGGCCCUGUGCAGCCUGCCCGCCCUGCAGGGGCCCUGCCGCGCCUAUGCGCCCCGCUGGGCCUACAACGGCCAGACCGGCCAGUGCCAGUCCUUCGUGUACGGAGGCUGCGAGGGCAACGGCAACAACUUCGAGAGCCGCGAGGCCUGCGAGGAGUCCUGCCCCUUCCCCCGGGCCAGCCCGCGCUGCCGGGCCUGCAAGCCCCGGCAGAAGCUGGUGACGAGCUUCUGCCGCAGCGACUUCGUCAUCCUGGGCCGCGUCUCCGAGCUCACCGAGGAGCCCGACGCCGGGCGCGCCCUGGUGACGGUGGACGAGGUCCUCAAGGAUGAGAAGAUGGGCCUCAAGUUCCUGGGCCAGGAGCCCCUGGAGGUGACGCUGCUCCACGUGGACUGGGCCUGCCCCUGUCCCAACGUGACGGUGGGCGGGACCCCGCUCAUCAUCAUGGGCGAGGUGGACGGCGGCAUGGCCAUGCUGAAGCCCGACAGCUUUGUGGGGCUGUCCAGCCCCCGGCGGGUCAGGAAGCUGCGGGAGGUCCUGCACAAGAAGACCUGCGACCUCCUCAAGGAGUUCCUGGGCUUGCACUGAGCCCCCCUCCCCCGCCCCACCCCACCCUUGCCUCCCACA